GGCAAUUAUUAUUUGUCCUGUGCUUAAAAAAAAUCAUAUGGCAGAUUGUGUUGCUAGUUCCGUUGAAAACGAGAGACAAAAUCAUGCUACCAAUUUGAUUUGUGAUCUUCCGAUCUGCUUCGCGAAUGGCAAACUACUAGUACUCCACUUCAGUACAACCAAUCGACGGUUCGGCCAUAAAUGCCACUGACUUCAGCUGUCCACCAUCCAGCCUCCCAAGGUUCUGGAUCACAUCGUGCCACCGUGCCGGCUCGGCUCACGCGUGGAUGGGGAAGACGGCGACCGAAGGGGACAAGGAGGCGGGGCGGGGCGGCGGCGGCGGCGGCGGCGCCCGCCGCCCCGUGGUGCUGGUGACGGGCUGCUCGGAGGGCGGGAUCGGGCACGCGAUGGCGCGGGCGUUCGCGGCGGCCGGUGCGCCUGUCGUGGCCACGGCGCGGUCGCGCGCCUCCAUGCGCGGGCUGGAGGGGGACCCGCGGUACCUGCUGCUGGAGCUCGACGUGCGCUCCGACGAGAGCGCGCGCGCUGCCGUGGCCGACGCCGUCCGGGAGCUCGGCCGCGUCGACGUGCUCGUCAACAACGCCGGGGUCCACCUCGUCGCGCCGCUCGCCGAGGUGCCCAUGGAAGAGUUCCAGCAGGUGUUCGACACCAAUGUCUAUGGAGCAAUGAGGCUGAUUCAUGCUGUUAUUCCCCAAAUGAUAGAAAGGGAACAAGGUACAAUAGUGAAUGUUGGAAGUAUAACAGCUUUGGCUCCUGGACCAUGGGCUGGUGUAUAUUCAGCAUCAAAAGCCGCUCUUCAUGCAUUGAGCGAUACGCUAAGACUGGAGCUAAAAAGUUUCGGAAUUAAUGUUAUGAUUGUUGCACCUGGAGGGACAAAGUCGAAUCUGGGAAGUAACUCUACAUCCAAGUAUGUUCAAAUACGUGACUGGAAGUACUACAAAAAAUUCGAGGAAUCCCUCAGAGCCAGGACUGAUGCUUCCCAGGGUCCUGGUUCUACUCCAGCAGAAGACCUCGCAAAAAGGGUUGUUGCUUUGGUUCUUAAGAAGAAUCCUCCAGCCUGGUUUGCUUACGGCCAGUUCAGUGCUAUUCUAAGCUUGUUGUACUAUGCACCACUAUGGUUUAGAGAUUACUUCUAUAAGAUUGUCAUGAAAUGCUAGAACUUCUGAUGUCAGUAAGUUCAAAGGACAAAGAGGUUGCCACUCAGAUAACCCGCAAUACAUACUUGCAUACAGUUUUACAGGGACCAUUCAUUCAAGCGAAAAGGCCCCUCCCAGUGUAUGCCAUCUUUUUUCACCUGUAAUAAUAGCGGUGCUAGUUUGUUCAUGUAGUGCCAAAGGAUGGCAAUCUGAAAUAUGUGGCCUGAAGAAACUGGUUUCCUUGCAACCUCCACUGUUGACAUGGCCUGCAUCUUCCUGUCUCAGGAAAUCAAAUUUCGACGCGCAAACGGGUCGAACA